UAUUUUGCUUUGGUCUUGGUGAGAAGAAGAUUGGAGUAUUUUUAUUUGUGAAAAAAGCUAAUACAAUAUUCUUUCUUUUUCGUCCAUCCAUUUCAUUUGCUGCAACAUUUCAUGGGUCUUGUUUCUCUAUGGAGCUCCGAAUCCUAAUCCUCACUCUUUCAAACCUACUCGCCACCACCAUGUUCUCUCACCACCACCACCGGGGAUUGUGCAAGGGCAAAACAUUCAAUUGUUUUGUGCUUCUGUUAUGUAUGUUCUUUUGUGUAUCCGCGUAUGGGAUGUGUUCUACAAAUUUGAGACCGAAUUCGCCAGAAUAUGAUUCUUGCGAGUCUUCAGUGAAAAAUUGCGCUGUUGUUGGUGUUGACGGUUUAGGUUCUGCAUCUCCUCCAAUCCACAACAGUUUUCAAAAUGUGUGUCCUGAUACACAUUCGUUCCGUGCUCCUUCGAAGGUAUAUGGAUUUAACGAUAGAGAGAAAGGUCUUAAAGCAGCUUCUGAUAAUCAGUGCAAUGGUCCGUUUUGUGUGGGAUUAGCUCAAGCUAGCGAGGUGAUGAGUAACAUGAAAGGCUUAUUGCUAUUCCCUAAUGCUGUUAUUCAUGUUGGCGUUAUUUAUUGUAACAAUCUGCGCACUGAUUUACAUAACAUGUCACCUGAAGUAUCAAACUUGCAAGAGAACUGCAAACUGGUUGUUCUUACGAAUGACACAACUAGUCCCCAGGUUGAGAUUCCGUGUGAAGAUGCACCGCAUAUUUGUUUUGAGCAUCAAAGGCUUUCAUUUGUAGGAAGCAAAGACAACACCAAACCUGUUGAUUCUGGCAGUAUGAGGGCUGAGUAUGCGGUCAGAAACAAGAGAUUGGCACCAAAUGUCAAGGUUACAGAGACAGCAGAUGUAGAUGCAUUAGUUUUUGGAAAUCGGGUGUCUCUGCUUGAAGACGUUGAGGUGCUGUUCCCAAUGGUUCAAGUUGGAAGUUAUGUCUCUAAGUGGAUCACUGUAAAGAAUCCUAGCCAUCAUCCUGUUAAGGUGCAGCUUAUCUUGAACACCGAAGAAAUAGUCGAUGAAUGCAGAGGUCCGGAUGAUAUAUUACAAAACUUUUCAGCUGCUAAUUUAGUCAUAGAUGAAGUUAUUUCUGCCGCAAAGUAUGGAUUUUCAGUUACAGAGAGUGCUGUAACAGAGGCAUAUGUGCACCCAUAUGAUUAUGCAACCCUAGGGCCGAUAAUUUUUUAUCCAUCCAAGCGAUGUAGAUGGAAUGGUUCAGCGUUGAUCAGAAACAAUCUCACAGGGGUAGAGCAGAUACCUUUAAGGGGCAUUGGAGGGUUGCGUUCGUUAGCUUUACUUGAGAGGUCUGAGCAUGUUCAGAGUAUUAAUUUUGAUCUUAAAAUGCACAAUCUCCUCGGUUUCUCUCUUUCGUAUUCCUUACUUCACAUGAAAGACAUGAUUUCUGUCUGCUCACAGCCUUACGUGAAAGAGAUAUAUGCGAAGAACACAGGGGACUUGCCGUUGGAGGUGAAAACAAUGAGAGUUUCCGGGAGAGAAUGCGGGUUGGAUGGUUUUAAGAUACAAGAUUGCAAAGGUUUUUCUCUUGAUCCCGGUGAGUCAAUAAAGCUUCUGAUAUCAUACCAAACCGAUUUCUCUGCAGCAACGGUACAUCGAGAUCUCGAACUUGCUUUGGCUUCCGGCAUUUUUCUGAUUCCAAUGAAAGCAAGUGUCCCUUACGAUGUACUGUGUAACUGUAAGAGGUUCUUGUUUUGGACGCGAGUGAAAAAGUGGUUGCUCGGAUUCAUACUUUUUGCGUCCUUAUUUUUCAUGGUGUCGUUGGAUUACUUGUGCAAGAAUGAUAGUAACUCCAUGCACAUCACCUUACAACAUUCCGGGAAAACUCCGAUAGUACUGCCUUGUAAUCAGAGAAAGGAUAAGUUAUCAUCCAUGUCUGGUAAAAUGACUAAUAUGGUUUGCUCCAAUGGAAAAGGCACAACCUCGCUGAUUCGAGCCACCUGCGUCAGAUAUUCAUAUGAUCUAAGUGAAACCUCUGACCAGGAUUCAGAAAACCAUAAACAGUUUAAUCGAUUGUUGGAUACUCAAAAGAAAGAAAAGUCGCCUACAACCGCGGUUCAGAGCUCCGAAGUUACGAAACCGCCUCAACAGGGUGAAAUAAAAAUCAAAACAGGAAAAGAAAAAGGUCGGCGAAAGAAGAAGAAUAAUAAGAGUUUAGGUGCAAAGUUAACCGCAGUGUCCGAAGUAUCAAGCAGUCGAAGCGGAAAUUCUACACCCUCGUCACCCUUGUCCCCAGUCGCCCCAGCAUCAAAAAAAUCUAGCUGGCAAUCGUCUCCAAAUGUAGAGCAACAUCAUAAAAAAUUUCAACCUUCUGCAUCCAAGGUAAAUACAUUGAAGAAGCAUAGGGUUCCGGCAAAUUCCGAUAGUAAGAAUGUUUCUUCUCCUAAAGUUUCACAUUCACCUUCAUCAAGUGAUGCUAGUAUAAUACCCUUUAAGAUGUUUCGUCCAGCUUCUCCUCCCAUGCCGACCAUACCUUCUCCGUCGUUGGUGUCAACAUCGAGUGUUAACUUAAGUUUGCGAGCUCCGGGAUCGAAACUCGACAAGCAAAAGAGUGUAUUAGCACCGAAAAAGGUAGGAGUUGCAGAAGAGUAUACAUAUGAUAUCUGGGGUGAACAUCUUUCAGGGCUUCAUUUGUUAGUUCCAAACGAUGUUACUUGCAUGAAAUCUAGUCCUGGUGAAAAGAACUUCAGUAGCUUCUUUGUUGGGGAGCCACAGUCAAUAAAAUAAAAAAAAAGGCUAUUAAGAUGAAAUUCAUAAUUCUAUGGCUUA